CUCACGCUCAAUGCACCCCUUGGUCUCACUUUUGAAGCGGAUCCAUCCAUGAGCGAUCACCAUGGCAACCCAACUAUCAAGUAUCCAUUCUGAUCUGGAUGACGACGACGAUUUCUUGCCGCUGCCUCGCAAGAAGGCUGCACGCUUCAAUAAGUUUCCACCAGGAUGUCGAGUACUGCUGAACUGCUUUUCAGUUGGUGAAAGCAAAGUGGAGGAAAGGCCCUCGGGUUGGUUGGUUUCCAUGGUCGUCUCGGGUGUUGUCAGAGAGGUUGGAAUCAAUUUGGACUCGGACGAACGAGAGAUUCUAUGUCAAGUAGAGUUGACGGAUUUGUCCUUUCAUCUUGGAUCGUUUGCUUGUCGAACCUGCAGCAACAACCGAAAUGCCAAACCUGCGUUGGUUUACGCCAAGGAGAGUCGACUUGUCUUUGCGAUUGGGUCGCCCGUGUUUGUAAAAAUUCAGGAUGAAAUGAAGAAAGAAGAAGAGACCGCUGAAGAAGUGGAGGGCAUAGUGGUUGGCUCUCAAACAUGUACGCUAGAAGGUCGUCAAGAUGUGGUCUACUCCAUUCAAACACUCCAAGGAAGAUGCGCCGUGCUGCAUGGUGUCGAUCCAAGUAAGCUCACCUAUCGUUCGGAAAAGACAAUCGUUAAGAAGGAACAGAGCAGAGAAACUUCCGGUCAGCGUAACGUUCUGGCCAACAUCCACGCAAAUGUGCCUGCGACUAGCGCAAAUAGAAAAAGAUCAUCUCAUCACAAUGUCCAACCAUCAUCAUCGGUCAUUCACACGCCGAGCCUUGGUGCAUUCAACACCAAACAUGGCACUAGUGCUAGCGAAGGUCCUGCUCCAACAGGAUAUCAAGUGGAGGUUGAAGUGGAAGUGGAACGAAGGAAGUCCACCGAAGAUGACGCGACAACCUACAGACACUUGACGUUCUCACAACUUGCCAAUCUACAGACUCCCAACCAGCACAAUUCCCAUUUGAAAGUUGAAAAUUUGACACAAUCCGUGCCAAAACAGGGCUUGUAUCAUUGGAGAGUGUCGUUGCCACUAGACCAAGACGAUGAUGAGUUUACACCGACAAACACGUUAGAAGGCAACGGUUCAGGUGGCGAGGGGGGAAUGGCUACAUCAAGCACAGAACAUGAAAAUUCAAUCAUCAAGAUCGAGGAAUCCUCAGUCCAACCUACAUGUAGUCAUUGCAAUGAAAGUGCGUUGACUGAAGCAAAUGAAUCGGAUUCGUACCAGUUCAAUGCGGUGCGCUUGAAUGAGAUUGAUUCUGCUGUUUCCGUUCCUGAAACAGAGAAGCUAAUUGAAAGGGUGCAUUCAGACAAUGUCACUGGGAACACGCAAAGUGACGACAACAGCAUGACUCAAGAUAUGCCUGUAACAAGGGCCAACAGCAAUGGAAUAUCCCCCGGACUGCAGAACAGCGAGACAGGCAAUUCCAGCGAUGUGGAAGAGGGCGAGAUUGAGGCCGAGCAGAACUUUCCGCCCAAGAUCAACAUCGUCGUCACGUCUACAUCAUCACACAGAGGCCCGCAAAUCGCAGCAAUAGUGGAAGCACCCCCCAAGAGGAAGCGUCAAGUCUCAAUGGAAUGUGCUCGAAAUGCCAAACCAAGAACUGACACAACAUCGCAAGGCGAUUCACACCAGCUUUCCACGAAAGGGGCCGUCAACAAUGGAUGGAAGAACACAGUACAUGUAGCAACCAUGCGACAACCGGAUGGAAAUCAUGCACGGCGCCCUGCGAGGCAGGAAAACGAGGCCUCGACACCGCGAAAUCUACAUGACACUCGUAAUUUUCGUGUUGAGAAUGACAUUCCGUAGCACUAGCGUCGUGUACAAUACAGACAAGUCAUUACAGCAUUGCAUCCGCGUUGGCAAGAAUCAUGAUAUUGUUCAGGCUCUCAGAUUGAUCAGGCAGAAACGAAUGGAACGUGGACAGUGUACAUUUGGUCAUGGUGGUGUUGGCAAGUUAGUGAAUGAAACUUGCCUACGAUGGCAUCUUGUCGGCUCUUGUUCCUAUCACUGUCGACUAGCGAGGAGCCACGUUUUCUUGUACCCUGAAACAGCAAGAUCACUUGUGCAGGCAUUGGCACCAGCAAUUCGGUCAUCAGGCCCAAUUUUUGGCAGUGUAGACCAUAUCAUGGAGUUGAAGGGGCCGAUGUUGCGAGGAAACUGUCAACCCAACAAAGGAGUACGCUCUGGCUACAUUCAGCCACAGAAAGAACAUCUCACUGCAAAGUUUUACUUGCCCGUUGAGUUUGGUGUUGACUUCUUCAGAAAACAUCUGCUAGAUGAGCAAGACGCGACAUCAAAGGAGCUUUUUGAUGAGUUUGGUUGUACAAUAGAACUCAAGGAGACCUCUUUUAAGACAAUCUACAAUGACAAUGCCUCUUCAAACACAAAACUGUAUCUGCAAAUGGCAGCAUCAAACUCACAGAACCUCUCAAACUGUUGUUUUGCCGUCGAGAGCAUUCUUGUAAAUGCUGCACCCAAAACAUUUCGAGGUUACCUCCUUGCCAAUCUUGGUUUGAGAACAAAUGUCUUGCAAGCCAAUAUAACAAAGAAGAUCAGAUUGUUUUCACACAAAGCCCGAACGACAUGGACUGCGGUAAAAUGAAGUAUCUUCAUGUUGUUAGUGGGUUCGGUCAACCGAUUGGAAGCCACUUGUGCUGAGCAUACAAGAAGAAAGUGGAAGAUGAUUGUGGUCACUGUCAGGCUGAAAUUGUUCCAACGGAUGCCUUGUUCCCAGGUAUUGUACCACACAUUCUUUUGUCCAGCUCGAAAGCUGGUGAUGUGCUGCGGGCUAAAGACGUUCGGAAGGAAUUCCACUUGGGCUAGCUAGCACAACACACACGGUCAUAGUUCAGCAAGAACAUUCACCCAGGCUCGUCAUUGCUGCGUUGCGGCAUUUAGUAUACCGCUCAUAGUUUAAAAGUUGAAGCAUUCCAGAUGCCCAACCGUCCCGGUAGAGUUGUUCGUGUUGAAGGGGUUCAGUCUCUGCAUAGUGCUGCCAGGGCCCACGCCUGCACGUUUGCCAGGACAAACUCCUUUUCCCACUCUGAAACCAACACCUACAGAACUAGCUAGCCAGAUCAGCCCUCCAUGCAAACACUGGGCAAACUACACGUAUCCCCAGCGCUUGAAGAGGAGCUUACCCCUAGCAUCCUAUUACAUGUACAUGCGAAGAGACACCCGCUUCUACCGGUAUCUGUGGAAAGGGACGCAACAAAGUCCUCGUUUCGUGCCACUUCCCAAGAUUCCUUCGAGACGCUCUGCAUUGCAAAGCCUGCCGUGACAGCUCAUUUUAAAAAUCAGCAUGAGCUUGCACACCGAGAAUGAGGAGUGACACCUUCGAACAUUUUCAUCCAGACGCAGCCGAUCCGUUGGUCUUCAACUCUUGUUGACUACAGACGCCGCAAUAAGCAACGAUCAUGCAUGAAUGAUAUUUAUUAUAACAUGUCAUUUUUGUCGUCAUUUUUGUCGUCUUCCUCGCUGUCGCUAAAUUGCACAUUCAGAUUUGCCAUGCUGAAUUGCUUCACGCCUUUGAUUCCUAGCACACCACCCACCUUGGACACAAUCUGCCCAUCUUUCAAAAAGUACUUGCCACCUGUGAUCUCUUCAAUGGUCAAAUAUCCAGAAUCAUCAUCAUCCAACUCCUUGAAUCGAUUUGAGAUGAAUUCAAUCAGUGCGGGGUCUUGUCCCAUGCGGACCAUACAAAGAAUGAUGUAUUCGGCGCUGUCAAUCACACCAUCACCAUUUUCGAGUCCAAACUUGCGC